AUGUCCUCUGACGGCAGUGUGCGGACAUCCAGCGCAGCCAAAUCCAAGCAAGAACGGAUUCGUGAUAACCAAAGGCGUAGUCGUGCCCGCCGCCAGGAAUACCUGGCUGAGCUUGAGAGGCGGCUGAACGAAAGCAAUAUCACUCGUCGUGAGGCUGAGCUUCAGCGAACUGCUUUUGUCGAUCUACAGUCCGAGAAUGCUCGUCUCAGGGCAUUGCUCGAGUUUGCAGGAGUCAGUGCCGAUGUUGUCGAGAAUUUCGGUCGGGAUGCCAUCAACCAACACCCAGCUUAUCCGAACACCACCUCGCUUCGAUACCUCAAACCCAAAUAUCCUGCGACAGACGUUAACAGAAGUCAAGUCGGACUUGCGAUUUCAAAUCAGGGACCGGAUCCCAGUCCGCCUGCUCAGCACCUGGGAUUUUCAGCAGCUCACAAUCCGUCCGCAACUUAUACAGCUCUUCCAAACCACAUGGCGUACAGCACUAUGGCUACAGCAACACCACUCACUGGUAUAAAUAAUCAAUCCAGCACUGCCUUAUAUGCAACUACUCAUGAAUGGCUCCAAAACUCCGAUGGUGGCAGUAUGACAGCCUCUAGUGAUGAGCCCUUCACGGGUGAUCCAUUUCACGCCGCCCCACAUGAUGCGCAGUCAUACCAGUCAUGCAACGCCCUCAGUCCAUUAUCUAAAGCUAUGCUCGAUCGAUACAGCCCAAACCCUGCCGAAAUGCAAGAGAUUAGAAGACGAGUUGCAAUGGCAUAUGGUCAGCCCAAGAUGGAAAAUCCAGGCUUCCAGGUCCACGAUCAGGUCCUGCUGCAUAUCCUUAACGAAGUGAAUGCAAAACCUUUGGGCCACUGA